CCCCCCCCACCCCGUGCAUUUUUGAAAGGAGGACGCUGAAAGUAGCAGUUCGGGAGGUAGAAGAACAGACAGAGACUGGGCGAGUCCGGAGAAAGGGGGCGAUUGUUAUUGGCGGUGGCGGAGUUCCGUAGAGCCGCCCGCAGCAGCUCCUCAAGUUGUCCAGGCAAGCAAAGCAGGCUGGCAGGGCGAUGCGCCUCAGCGCUGAGGGGCUUUGUGAUGGAUUUCGCUACUCUCUGCUUUCUGAUGCUGCUUUCUGCGCUCCGAGGGACUCAAGGUAUUCAAUGUGCUUCUAAAUGUGACCCGGAAAGGGCAUUAUGUGGGGAGGACGGAGAGUGCAGGUGCAAGCCAGGCUGGAGAGGAGCACACUGUAACCAGUGUGUUCCCUUCUCGGGUUGCGUGCAUGGAAACUGUACCAAGCCUUGGCAGUGCCAAUGUGAGCCGGGCUGGACUGGGAGCCGCUGCGAUGUAGGUGCCCGGCCCUGUGCGUCCACGCCUUGCAUUAACAAUUCCACCUGCACAGAGACGGGUGACGGGGGAUUCCUAUGUAUUUGUGAGCCUGGCUACGUGGGCAACAACUGCCACCUGAAAACUGGACCCUGCUACAUUAAUGGCUCUCCAUGCCAGAAUGGUGGGACGUGCUUCGAUGACAAUGGCUUAGCCCCCCGCUCCUCCUGCACGUGUCCACAAGGCUUCAUUGGGGAUUUCUGUGAGAUCGACUCCGAUGACUGUGAGAGUAACCCUUGUAAAAAUGGUGGCACGUGCCUGGACAGUGGCUCUGACUACACCUGCCUUUGCCAGGCAAAUUACACCGGCAAAGACUGCAAUGAGAGCUUGACCCCUUGUGCAAGGGAGCGAUGUGAAAAUGGGGGAACAUGUUCAGAGGAGUCAGGGGGCGGCUUUCUCUGUCUCUGCAGGCCCGGCUUCUAUGGGAAGACCUGCGGCUCCCGAGAGGUCAGAAGUUCUGCCCAGAUGGGCAGAGGCACACCACACUACAGCCUCCCCUCACACGUAUUCCACAAGAUGCUUCACCAACGGGAGAGAGGGCUAUUGAAGAUCACGCUCAAGCAAGCCAUCCGUUCGUCUGACCCAGACCUCAGUAGGAGCCAGGUCAUCUGCUUUGCUGUAUUGGGCAUCUUGACCUGUCUGGUAGUCAUUGGCACCACAGGCAUCGUUUUUUUCACAAAAUGUGAGAUGUGGCUGGCCAAUGCAAAGUAUAAGCAGCUGGUGCACAAGCACAGAAGUGAGUACCUGAAGACAAAUGAUGGAAAUGAGCAAUCGGUGCACAUCGUCCUGCCAGACAAAAUCAAUAUGGCUGGCUACACGCCAAUAUGAGGCACGAUCCUCGCUGGACUUCCCAGGACACUCUCCUUUUGUCUGCAGUUCAAAUGCUGCAGGCUUCACCUUUCAGAACUGGCCCAGUCGCUCCUCACUGCUGUUGUCUUUGUCGAUGAUGCCUAUGUGUAACCUGUGUUAUUGUGCAUUUACUGCAUUUUAAUUCUAGUCUUCGCCAGACUUGCUGGACGCAGGGCAGUGAGGACAAGUGGAUUUGUAGAAUAAACAGAGAUCUUUGUGUCUUUGUUA